CACCUCCUCUAGUCAAAAUCUGUCAAGUGUCAAAAGUGCCAUAACAAAAAAGUGUCAAAAAUGUGAAAUGUUUUUCGAAAAUGCCGUUCGAAAUUUGUUUUAAUUGUUUAGCCCGGUGGAGAUUAUGGAUAAGGCCAUUGGUUAUUUGUAUUUACGCUUUAGCAGCUCUUGUUUUUGUGCCUUUAUUCUUAGUGAAAUCGUUGGAGGAUGGGUUUAACAAACGAGAUCAGGAAAUUUUGAUUGCUGGAAUAUUCGUUUGGGUUGCUAUUCCUUUAUCUUUGUGGGAAAUUAUUCAGCAUGUUAUACAUUACACCCAGCCUAAAUUACAAAAACAUAUCAUCAGGAUACUGUGGAUGGUUCCGAUAUAUGCGAUCAAUGCAUGGUUGGGUCUUAUUUACCCCAAGCAGUCCGUAUAUGUAGACAGUUUAAGAGAAUGCUAUGAGGCUUAUGUAAUAUACAAUUUUAUGAGAUUUUUGUUGAAUUAUUUAAACAUGGAAAUGGAUUUAGAAGCAAGUUUGGAACUGAAACCUCAAGUCAAACACAUUUUCCCACUGUGUUGUUUACCUGAUUGGGAAAUGGGAAGAGAAUUUGUCCACAUUUGCAAACACGGAAUUCUCCAGUACACAGUUGUUAGGCCUCUAACCACUGCCAUUUCUUUUAUUUGCAAAGUGUCUGGUGUUUACGGCGACGGCGAAUUUAAGGGAAAUGUAGCUUUCCCAUAUUUGAUUGCUGUUAACAACAUAUCACAGUUUAUGGCCAUGUACUGUUUAGUAAUGUUUUAUAAAGCUAACAUAGCAGAACUGAGACCAAUGAAACCAUUACCAAAGUUUUUGUGUAUUAAGGCUGUCGUUUUCUUCUCAUUUUUUCAAGGCGUUCUUAUAGAUAUGUUAGUUUAUACAAAUGUGAUCACACCAAAUUCCAAAGAUUCAACAGAUGAUGGCUUAAGCUUAUCAACGCGUUUGCAAGAUUUUUUGAUCUGCAUUGAAAUGUGUAUGGCUUCAAUAGCACACCAUUACAGUUUCUCUUAUGAGCCGUAUGCAAGGUCUGGCUUGAAUCAGUCUUGUUGUCAGGCUUUUCUUGCUAUGUGGGACGUUUCAGAUGUCCACAGAGAUAUACAAGAACAUUUGGGGAUUGUCAGUAGUUCAAUAAGUCGGAGGAUCAGGGGACGUAGCAUGUACACUAUUCCAAGGGGCGAUAAUGAAUAUGCGAACUUAGUGUCACCACAGCAAGGAGCUGUGAGUGCGCCAACAUCAGGGUUUUAUCAAAAUAAUUAUGACGAAGUUUUUGUGAAUUAUGGAGCAGUGGAUUCUAGUCAGUCAAUAAAAAAUGAUAGUAAAGCGAGAUUGUAACUGGUUUUUUACUGGUUUUGAUACGUGUUAUACGCCUAUAGCAUUUAUAUUCUUUUACAAAGUAAACAUUGUUAUUUUAUGUACUUUAUUCAUAUGUCUAGUAUAAGUUUAUCAUCGUUGUAAUUGUGAUAUGUGUAGAUAGUCCGGUUUUCUUUUGCACCAAGUGCAGAACUAGAUUUCUCUUUCAGAUUUUGUUAAAUAUCAAAAGAAAUCUUCAAUUUUGAACACCUGUAAUUUAACUUUUAUGGAGAUUUGAAUUUUAAAGUUCUGUGAUUGUUAGGUAUCAAAUUUUAUGAGUUGGUGUUACUGCAAUUAUAUUAAUUUGAUGUUUAAUAGAGUGUACCUUUAUUGCAGUUAUUUUGAAAUAAAAAAAAAUAAAUAUAGUUA